AGAAAUGGCAGCCGUGUGGCGAUCUCGUAAAUUUGCCCGCUGUGUCGUCCGUUUCUCCGACCGUGAUCUGUAGAGAUUUAACUGAAGACAUACUUUUGGCACCCUAAAGCAAGAACUCGCAGAUAAUAUAUUAUGGCUGAAGGUAAUACUAAUAAUGGUGGCAGUGCUGAAGAGGGAGAAGAUGAAAAUACCGACGAUUCCAAUCUUCAGGUUGGUGGACAUUCCCAGUCCUCACCUUUACCUCUUAAGUUGGAGCUCAGUGCAUUUAGAGCUCAAUGGAUGUCAGAACUGCAACCAGGCUCUGGGUAUAGUUCUGCCCAGCAGGGCCUCUCAAAGAUGGCCAGCCUCAAAAGGGAGCAAGAAUUGGCACGGGAGGAAAAAGCCAGAGAGUUGUAUUUGAGAGCUGUUGAAGAAGAAAACAAUGGAGCUGUUUAUGAAGCCAUCAAGUACUACAAAAUGGCAAUGCAGCUGGUGCCUGAUAUUGAGUUCAGAAUCAACUACAGCCGAUCUCCUGAUCCAGACAGAGUCGGUGGCAGCUACCUGGUGGAAAACGAGAGGGAUUCUGAAAUCGAUGAUCUCCUUGCCUACUUUCAGCAGCAACUGACUAUGCAGGACUCCUCUCUGAGGAUAUGCCAGCCUGAAGUGGAGACUACUCAGGUGCAUAUUUCAGCCUUGCCCCUGGAGGUGCUAAUGUAUAUCUUCCGUUGGGUGGUGUCCUGUGAUUUGGAUCUCCGUGCUCUAGAGCAGCUGUCGCUGGUGUGCAGAGGUUUUUACAUUUGUGCAAGAGACCCAGAGAUUUGGCGAUCUGCCUGCCUGAGGGUGUGGGGACGCAGCUGUACCAAAGUGCUGCCCUUCACUUCGUGGAGAGAGAUGUUCUUAGAGAGGCCACGAGUGCGAUAUGAUGGUGUUUACAUCAGCAAAACAUCGUACAUCCGUCAGGGAGAGGAGUCUCUGGAUGGCUUCUACAGGGCGUGGCAUCAGGUGGAAUACUACAGGUACCUGCGUUUCUUCCCCGACGGGCAGGUCAUGAUGCUAACCACCCCUGAGGACCCCCUUAUUACUGUUCCCCGUCUGAGAAGCAGAAACUCAAGGGUUGAGGCGAUUCUGUUCGGACAUUACCGCCUGUCACAGGACACAGACAAUCAAACCAAAGUUUAUGUUGUUGUAUCCAAGAGAAAAGAGGAGAAAGGGGGAGAGUUUCAGAAGAACCGGUUCUGCAGGCGGAACCCAGCACCCGAGGCUGACCGCAGCUUCCAUGUAGGACUGCAGUUAUCCUCCGGAGGGCGACAACGCUUCAACAAACUGGUCUGGAUCCACCACUCCUGCCACAUCACCUACAGGUCAACCGGAGAGACAGUCGUCACCACAUUUGACAUGGACAAAAUGUACACCCCUCUGUAUUUUGCACGAGUAAAGAGCUACACCGCCUUCUCAGAGCGCCCCCUGUAGGCGUGUCUGAGAGAUGCAUGUUUAACUUCAGAACACCCUAAAGUUUACACACCACCAUCUCCUGAAAACAUACCCGUCUGACCCCGGCUUUGAGCUUGAUCAUACUUCUGUGAAUGUAUAUGAACGUGUAUGUGACAUUUUCAGCUUUCCGCACUCUCACUGGUAGAGGAAUAUGAUAUGUAAGAAGUUUAUUUUUAUUUUGCUGAGAGAAGAUCCUGUCACUGGUACACACCAUCAUAAAUACUAGAGAGAAAAAUAUGAUGUGAAGUCUAUCUACAGUUAAAUUUGAUCCAGUAAGAAAGGCAAAGCAACAGCGUGUGUGUUUUAGUCAUUUUAAACACUCAUUUGAUAAUGAAUGUUUCCACGUUGUUUUUGUGAAUUUCAGAAUGAGCAAGUUUGCUUACUGGAAUACAUAAUUAAACAAAAUUUACAUUGUG